AUGUCUGAGAAGGCAUUGACUCCCAUGUCGGACCUGAAAUCGAAAACUCGGAGAUUGUCCUUGUUGGGACUUAUCAAAGAGGUGUUCAAUUGGUAUCCGUCUUCCUAUCCUAGCGAGGAAAGAAAACUAUUGUUCAAAUUGGACUUGUCAAUUCUUAUCUUCGCCUGUCUCUGUUACUUUGUCAAAUACCUGGACCAGACAAACAUCAGCAAUGCAUAUGUCAGUGGUCUGAAAGAAGACUUUGGCCUAUACGGCAAUGAGCUUAACUACUUCAACAUAUGUUACUAUACAUCAUAUGUGCUAUUUCAAAUCCCGGGUUUACUACUUAUGUCCCGUCCAAAAUUGGCUCGUUGGCUAUUACCUAGCCUCGAAAUCCUCUGGGGUAUCUGCACAUUUGCCCAGAGCCGUGUGACAAAUGUCAAUCAGAUCUAUGCCCUUCGUUUCUUGGUUGGGAUGCUGGAAGCACCUGUGUUCGCCGGAACCCAUUUCAUUCUUGGAUCAUGGUACACGGGCCCUGAACUAUUCAAAAGAGCUGGUACAUGGUUCAUUUGUAACCCACUCGGUACUAUGGUCAGUGGAUACCUACAGGCGGCCGCUUAUACCAACCUGUCGGGGGUUGGCGGUAUGCCUGGUUGGAGGUGGUUAUUUAUUAUUGACGGCAUAUUUACCAUCCCCGUGGCAUUGAUUGGAUACUUCAUCUUUCCCGGUAUUCCAGGCUCUCCGAAGCCAUUCUUCCUGACGGACCAUGAUAUUGCAUUGGCCAAGGAGAGAACCAAGAGAGCUAAGAUUCGCCAGCCUGGAAAACUGAAUCUUGAUGUGUUUAGGAGGGCCUUCAAGCGAUGGCAUAUUUGGCUAUUCGUUCCUCUUUACGUAUGCAUGAUCAUCUGCUCUUAUCCAAAUAGCUAUAUGAGCCUGUGGCUCAAAGAAGAGGGAUACUCCGUUACUCAAAUCAAUCAGCUCCCCACCGCCACUUAUGCUAUUAACAUCGUUGUCUCCUGGCUUGGAACGACACUGGCUGAAAUCUAUCCCGAGUGGAUCAUUUAUACCAUCUCUUCGGCAUGUUGUCUGUUUUCGACAUUAUGCAUGAUCAUAUGGGAUAUUCCUACGAGCCUGAAAUUUGUUGCCUGGUACGUUUUUGGAGCAGCUGGGUGCUUGAGUCCAAUCUUGUAUUCCACCAUCAAUGUCAUAGUCAGGGACGAUGCCGAAGAGCGUGCUCUUAUCAUGGGUUCCAUGAUGACAUUUGGCUAUUCGUUCAACAUCUGGGUUCCUUUGCUGGCAUACCCAACUGCCGGGCCCGACGGUGCACCGAGAUGGCGAAAGGGAUGGCCAAUAUCAUUUGUCUUCUUCUUCCUUUUAUGGGCAGGAUUUAUGGUCGCUAUAUUUAUAUGGAGAAGGGAGCAAAAGAAGGAAGUCCUCCUGGCGUCCCAGGAGACUAGUGAUGAGGAGAGGGACGCUAUCUCAGUUGAUGGAACCCCAGCGUUGAAAGAAUGA